AUGUGCAAGCCUUUAUUGACCUGGUCAUUGACAGGCGCCACAGCACGUAUGUGUCAGUUCCUAGACUAUCACCGGCUUUCGCGACUGAAAUCUGAGUCCGGUCCUUUAUUACAACGUAAGAUUGUUCUAUUUUGGAGUACUUACGUCUUGGACCGGAGCAAUGCGCUCCGCCUGGGUCGCCCUCCAGCGAUUCAGGACCGUGACAUUGACAGUCCGAUGCUAAGCGACGAGAACCCACCCGCUCUUGUCGCGUUGGUCAAGUUCUGGGUGGACACUGGAUGCGUGCAGGGCAAAAUCUGUAACAGCUUGUACGGACCAGCCGCGAAAUCUCUGUCGUCCGAUGCACGAGCUGCAACAGCGGAAGCAUUUGCGGACGAGCUAGAUCAGAUUCACCAACGCAGGCUCAAGACCAACGCUGCUAUGUUCGAUCGACAAGCGAGCAUUCCGGCUGCUGAUCUUCUGGUGUCUGGCGAGAGCGUGAGGCACUUUGGAGCGCUAACCAUGGCACUCUCCGCCAUACCCCUGAAUCAUCCACGCUCGUCCCGAGCACUCGAGACAGCCCGAAAAUGCCUUCAGGUCAAUCGAGAGAAUAGUAAAACCCACAUGAAGAGUAACAACGUAUAUGCCUGGACCGUAUACUGCCAAUGGGUGCUUUUGGACGCACCGUUGACGCCCUUUACUGGUGUCUUUUGCAACGUCAUUGCGAACCCGGAAUCUUCACAAGAAGACCUGCAACUCCUUGAAGACUUCGUCGCCUCGCUGCAGCCCGCCGUGCCGCUUUCCGAAGGCGUCGAGAAGUUUCAUCAGCUCUGCUCGAUCUUCGUCAACGUUGCUCGAGCGUAUGUGCGAGCGAAAGCCCAACAACGUCAUGCCAACGAGCGUAGCGACGAUUACGAUUUCUCGCAAGCUCUACAGCCCGCAAUCGGCGAAUUUGACGAACUCUCGGCGGCACUUGGUUUCUUCGGACCAGAUUUCACCGCCUCACAAGAUUUGUCCAUGGGCAGCGAGCCCGGGACGUAUUUCAGCGACGGUCUGAAUCCCAGCAUUGCUGAGCCAGCUAUCAAGCCGAGCCUGCUGGACUGGCAGUCUGGUAAUGUUUCACUCUAUGGAUUGCUAGAACAAGACCUCAAUGACAUCGCUUGUGGCAACCUGGGUGAAAGGCAGGGCAAUAAUUGA